AUGGUUGAUCUGAAGAAGGAGAAGGGCGAUAAGAAGACGAAUCAGGCAAUCCAUGUGAGAAGGUUGGUUAGUAGGAGGAUCUACAAGACGGAUCCAAAUACUGGAAAUUGGUGGUUGGUAUUUGGAAAAGAAAACAAAGGAGUGGGGUACUGGCCCAAAUCUCUCUUCAGCAGCUUAAGUGACUUUGCAUCGUUGAUUGGGUGGGGAGGGGAGACUUACAGCCGUUCAAUUUCACCAAGUCCACCCAUGGGCAGUGGCCGUUUACCCAAGGAAGGCUACAGAAAGGCAUGCUACCAAAGACAGCUACAGCUUGUGGAUGAAACCAACAGUCUUAGGGACCCUUUGCCUAAGAAGAUUUAUACAGAAUGUGAUCAACCCAAAUGCUACAAUGGGAUUCAUGGAAGCUUAAAGGGUCUUUGGAGAUAUUAUUUUCUUUUUGGGGGACCCGGUGGUAAUUGUGGAAAGUGA